AUGGAGAGCGCGGAUGUGAACAAGCUGGUGUUCGACCACAUCAAGGCCGAGUUCGCCAAGUUGAACAGCAAGAACACCCUAGAUGUGUGGCUCCAGCAUGAUGGCAAGUGGUGGGUUGCCAGUCCCAAGCACUGGAACUUUACUGCCGCCAGCAAGGCCGUGGAACAGGUCUUCGGUGUUGAGCCCGAUAUGACCCGUGAGGGUGGAAGCAUUCCUGUUACAUUGACUUUCGAGCAAGCCACCGGCAAGAACGUCCUGCUGCUUCCUAUGGGCAGCUCUACCGAUGCCGCUCACUCCAUCAACGAGAAGUUGGAUCGGAGGAACUACAUCGAGGGAACUAAGCUGUUGGGUGCUUACCUCCACUACGUUGCUGAGGAGCCCACCUCGGCCUAA